AUGGAGGCUCCCAGGAAGAGUAAUGUGACCUAUCAUUUCUUUGAUACCAAGAUCGGCCCAUUGCGUCAGACAAAAGCUUUGAUUACUCCUGACCAUGUGGGUUUAUUCCGGGACACUUAUGACAACAUCUUGUCUAUGGUUGAAGACUUGGAUGCUUCUCAGAGGAGUCUGAUACAUACUUUCUUGCAGUUUUAUGAUCCUCGGUUGCGUUGUUUCACUUUUCAGGAUUUCCAGUUGGCUCCUUUAUUGGAAGAGUAUGCUAUGAUCUUUGGUGUUCCUCUACAACAUUGUGUCCCUUUCAACUCCGAUAUGCCUCCACCAGAGCAUAAGGAUAUUGCUAAGGCUCUUCAUCUGGAAGUGUUUGUUGUGAAGGAAAAUCUCUCUUCUAAGGGAGCAUUGAGUGUAUAUGGUAUUAUGCUAUUCGCCGAUGAACCGAAGUUCGUAAGUAUGAGUGCUAUUCAUAUCUUUCUGCUAAAGAACCCGGUUCCCACCCUUCUUGGUGAUUUCUAUUUUUCGGUGCACAAUAAGAAUGAGAAGAGACGAGGGAGAUUGGUCAGAUGUUGCGCUCCAUUGUUCCAUAAGUGGCUCGUGGAGCACUUGCCAAAUGACGAUGCUUUUCUGAAUCCGCAUCAAGCCAGGAAUUGGGCUAGAAGGUUGGUUGUCUUGACUGCUAAAGACAUCAGAUGGUGUAAUCAGAAUACCAAAGGUGGCGAUUUUGUGGUUAGCUGUGGGAAAUACCCUAAUGUACCAUUGUUGGGUACAAAGGGUUAUAUCAACUAUAACCCGAUUCUUUUGAGAAGACAAUUAGGGUAUGCCUUGACUCACGCUCCUAAGGAUCAAGAUCUGGUGGAAUCUUUCUACUUCCCAGUGCAAGAUAAUCUAGAACUGGUUAAGCAAGUUGCUGGAGCUUGGAGGAAUAUUCAGACCAAAGGUGCUACUGUCUAUGGAAAAUGUAACAACAUCUCUUCUUCCCAGUAUGAUAGUUGGUUGCGAGAAAGAGCUCAGAUUACUCUUCUACCUUUCUCUAUGGGAGAACCAUCUGAUCCGGUUAUUGUUGAGUCUGUCAGCAUGGUUGAGUACAACAGUUUGAAGCAAGAAAAGGGAAAAGCCGAUAAGUUGAAUGCGAAGCUGAGUGAAGGCCUCAGGAAAACUUUGUGCGCUAAGAAAGAAGCUGAGAGAGAAGUUCAAAGAUUGAAUGAGCUUCAAAAACAAAGCAAUGAGAGGAUUGCUGAAGAUGCUGAUUACAUCCGUAAACAAAGGUGGGAAGAAUUGUCUGAUCGCCGGAGACAGGUUGAGAUAGAAAUCAGAGCAGAAAAUGAGCGGUUGAAGAGUAAGGAGAACGAGCAGCAUGAAGCACUUCGAUUGGCUGAACGAGAGAUCGUCGAACUAAAGAUUCGAGCAGGGGUCAAGAGAACAAAAGAACAAGACAAGUACAGGAAAUUGGAAGAAGCGGUCAAAACGAGGAAUUUGUUGAUUCAAGGCCUUAGAGAACACCCUAAUGACCCGGUUACAGAGGCGCUUCUUAAGGAAGUUCGAGAAGACUCGUUUGGGCUAGAUGUUUGA